AAUAAAUCAAUCACAGUUGACAGCAGAUGGUCUUUGGAAAAAAGAAAAUGCUAAAAGGGGACUACAAAUAAUGGGUGCUGCAGGUUCAGCUGUUUUAUUAUCGCCUGUCGUCAUAUUAGCAUUGCCAAUUGUUGGUGCAUAUGAGUUUAGUAAAGCAUUGGAUGAUGAACUUAUUACUGGUCAUAACAUUACCGAUGGCCUCAUCGGCGGCUUGUUUGGUGUGGUUGUUUCACCACUGGCACCAUUUUAUUAUUUUCUUACUUCCAUAAGAACUAUAUUUGGUUAUAAAAGAGAAUUAAUAAAUGAAGAAUAUUUACAGCGUGCUGAAGGUAUGUUGCGAUUAGAUGCUUCCUAUUAUAAUGUAGCAGUGGUUGGUUCUCCCGGAACAGGAAAGUCGUCCUUGGUGAAUGCCAUGCUCGGAUACCAGCAUCAUCAUCCAAAAGCUGCAGCCGUGGGUGAGGCAGAAACAACAAUGGAACCCAAAGCUUAUCGUCAUCCGUUACUACCUGCACUCGCUUUGUGGGAUAUGCCUGGUAUUGGUACACCACGUCAUCCUCACAAAGACUAUUUUGAAAACUAUUGCUUGGGCGCAUUUGAUGCCCUUUUAGUUGUGUUUGACGAUAGAUUUAUGGCCACGGAUGUUGACCUUGCUAGAAAAGCAGCGAGAUAUAAUGUGCCAGUAUUCUUUAUAAAAAAUAAAGCUGAUUUGAAAGGAAGACACAAAGAUUGAAGACAAAGCAACUAUCAGAUACUGAAAAAUGGGCACAGGCUGUAUCUGAUCUGGUAUUAGAAGUGAAAAAGACAGCCUACAAGAACAUGCAGCGAUUUGGGCUUGAUAUCAACCAGCUUUAUAUCAUUUCAGCCAAUACGCUGCUUGAGUUUGUUACUAUUUUAAUAUUAAACCAGCCAAG